GUUGAAAUCACAAGGUGAGGUGAAAAUUGAUAUGUUUGGCGGUAGAUAAAGUGGUGACUCAGUAUGGACAUUUUCCCUUUUUCUUUCACUUGGCCGCAGUUAUGUAAGAAUCUCUACAAGAGGGAUGGCAAUUUAAGAGCUCCGUACCUAACAGUAUAGCACCCUCAACAGUUUGCAAACCUUACAUCCUGAGCAGAAACCUGUAUGAUAACAAUCUGUGUACAUUAUCCAAACAUCCUGUAACAAAUUGCAUUUUGCACUUUGCAGAUACAUCAAUGGCCAAUGCCAUCUAUGAUGAGAAGACCUGGACGGGGCAAGGCUACGAAAGCCAAGGCAAAAUUAGUUUCAAAGGACAUUUUUUGUCUGCCCUAUGAUCAUAAGUCUGUGGUCCCCAUACCAAGAGGCCGGUGUCGUGAACGUUUGGCAGUUUCUGGGAUGGCCGGGAAAGUAAUGCUGUCAAGAGAUCAGUCUCCUAAUGAGGUGAAUGAGGAAAUUACCUCGUUGUUUCAACGGGCAUUCCAACUGCCGGAUGGUCGUCCAUUUGUUUUUGAGUAUCUGAGUGGUAUACCAGGAAGCGGGAAAAAAAUGCAGCGCCCGAAUGUGUCUCCUAGCUUUCAAUGGAGUGGAGCUGAGGUACUAUCCAUUUGUGGUCAAGGGUGCCUUUAUAUUAUGUGUGAUGCUCAGUACGAUGUCACAUCGGAAAAUUUCUUUGAGUACCAACAAUGUGAAUGACAGUUACACUGUAUUCUCUGUCUUGGGAAACACUAGACUGCGGUGAUGGGAAAAAGAGGAGACUGACGUCUGAACUGGAUUUUAGUGAUGAUGAAGAUCUUCCUCAAGUUUCCAUAGCUGCUCCGGUGAGAAACACCAGCCCAGCACCUUCCACCAGUACAGUCUCUCAGCCACCAACUACCAGUACAGUCUCUCAGCCACCAACUACCAGUACAGUCUCUCAGCCACCAACUACCAGUACAGUCUCUCAGCCACCAACUACCAGUACAGUCUCUCAGCCACCAACUACCAGUACAGUCUCUCAGCCACCAACUACCAGUACAGUCUCUCAGCCACCAACUACCAGUACAGUCUCUCAGCCACCAACUACCAGUACAGUCUCUCAGCCACCAACUACCAGUAGGGCUCGUGCACUCGCUUUCACUAGCCCUACUACCAGUACAGUCUCUCAGCCACCAACUACCAGUACAGUCUCUCAGCCACCAACUACCAGUACAGUCACUCGGCCACCAACUACAAGUACAGUCACUUGGCCACCAACUACCAGUACAGUCACUCGGCCACCAACUACAAGUACAGUCACUUGGCCACCAACUGCAUGUUUCUCCCCAUUCUACCAGACUUAUAUGAACUUGCUGGAGGACGAAACUCCUGAACUCGAAGAACCGGAUGAAAUUCCAAGUACAUUGAAUUCAGAAGAUGUCCCUGCAACAGUUGACCAAAGCACAAUGCGAGUAAGCUUGUUGCAGUGGCACGCAACUCAGUGCACAUCAAGCGAGGAUACGUCUAGAGUUGUUGUCCGUAGGAGGCAUGUUAAAGAUGACACACUCCGAGCUUUUAAGAAUAGGAGCCUUAAAGGAGACAAUGCCUUGAACGUGUACUUUGUUGGUGAGAGUGGUGUUGACACCGGAGGGUUAACCAGGGAACUCUUCAAUCUUGUUCUUCCUCAACUAAGGGAUCAUUUUCUAUGUGGCGAUCCUGGGAUGAUGCUCCCUAGGGGGAGUGCCAGUGCCAUUGCUGACGGCACAUUGCAUGCAGUUGGAAAAAUAUUUGCCGCCGCGGUGCUGCAUGGGAGGCAGUCACUACCAUUCUUACACCCAGUAAUAGCUGAGCUACUCAUCAGUGAAGAAAACCCAACACUGCAUAUUUCCUGGAUUGCUGAAGCAUCAAGGAGAAAUGGGCUUCAAAAGGUCAAUGACGCCACUACAGAAGAGGACAUUCAAAAUGCAUGUCAGCAGGAAGGAUGUGACCUCGUGUUGACGGAGGUCAACUGGAGGAAGGUGCUAAAUCUUGCCAACAAGAAAGAACUAAUCGGUGCUGCAUGCAAACACUACCUGAUAUUCGACCAGCAUGCACAGUUGAACACACUGCUAAGAGGAAUGGACUUCUAUGGCAUGAAGCAAUAUGCCCAGUCAUAUCCAGAUUGCAUACGGAGUAUCUUUGGCAGUGUUGCUGACCGCAAACUUGAUGCAGACCAGGUAUUUGACCUCUUUGAUAUCAAAUACAGUGAAGAGGGAAGCAACAACAGAGAGAAAGAGGAAGCAACAACAAUGCAUUUCCUAGAUUUCUUGGAGAAAUGUGGUACUGGAGAUGCUGACGCUGGUGGAUUCACAUUAGAAGAUUUUUUAGAAUUCUUCACGGGAUCCAAACAGCUAUUGCUGGGGGGUAUGUAGCCCCAUAAAUGUGGCCUAUUUACUG